AUGUCGAAGAUUUGGUAUGCUCGAGCAUGGAUGGGUGGCUAUUGGCCCUGGGUACUGCACGACGCACACGUGAAGUACGGCGACAUCGUCCGCAUCGGCCCCAAUGAACUGUCCUUCGGCUCCGUCCAGUCCGUGAAAGACAUAUACGGGCCACCGUCAAAGAUGCGCAAGCUCUUCCCCAAGUCGGAUCUCAUGUACGACAUCGGCGAGCCAUCCAACGUAGCCUAUGAGAUGGACCCCAAACGACACGCACAGCGUUUGAAAUUGCUUGCCCCUGGAUUUCGAACUCAAUCUCUGCGAGAUCAGGAGCAUAUCAUCCACGAGCACGUCGAUCUUCUCAUGGACAAGAUUGCCCAUCUGAGCCAGACGUCAAGCAAUGGCGUUGAUAUGAGUACAGCGUACGAGUGGCUCACCUUUGACAUCACUGGCCAGUUGACAUUUGGGGAGUCGUUCGGGGCGGUCAAAGAAGGCCGCUCGCACUUCUGGAUUUCCAUUCUUUACUCGUCUAUCUAUGCGGCCAGUCUGUUCACCCUGCGGAAACGACUCCCCAUCCUGGGUCUCUGGCUGGUUUUCAUGGCGCUCUUUUCGCCUUCCUUGAAAGCAAUCAUCGAGAGCAACAAACAACAUGCAGAGUUGACACUCGAAAGGGUGAAGAAACGAAUCGAGAUGGGUGAUACACACACCCCAGAUUUCUUCGCAAACAUCAUCCAGAGUGGAGAAUUAUCCGAGGCCGAGAUGGCGUCCGAAGCAAACGUGCUAAUCACAGCCGGAGCGGAAACAACCGCGGUGGGCCUUGUCGCAGCGAUCUGGUACCUUUCGACCAAUCCCAGCACCAUGGAAAAGCUGCAGCGCGAGAUCCGGACCAGUUUCAAAUCCUACCAAGAUAUUACCGGCGAUUCCACCGCCCAGCUACCCUACCUGAACGCCGUCAUCGAGGAACUGCUGCGUAUUUUCCCUCCCACAGCCGCAGGACCGUCCAGAAAAUCGCCAGGCGAAUGGGUCGACGGACACUACAUCCCCAAGGGCGUGGGCGUUACCUCACACAACUGGUUUAUUCAACACGAUGGCCGCAUUGUCGACAAUCCCGAGUUGUUUGAGCCGGAGAGGUGGCUCGGCGAACGGUCGAAGGACAAGCCGUUCACAUGGCCGUUUUCCCUGGGUCCGCGUUCUUGUCUGGGAAUUAAUCUGGCCUACAUGGAGAUGCGGGUUACUAUUUCGAAGCUGGUGUACCGGUAUAACUGGACGUUGGCCCAUGAUUUGAGUAAUGGGUAUGAUUGGCCUACGGAGUGCCGCAUGAAGAUGUUGUGGAGGAAGGCUGAGCUGAGGGCCGUUUUCCGUCCUGCAGAGAUUUGGAGCGAGAAGGCAACUAGCUAG